AUGGACAUUGAGUUCAUGAUGAUUUCUCCUGAAGGGGAUAUGAUGAAAUGGAAACUGGGGAGUAUUGAAAGACAGAGACUUAUUAUUAAUGAAAUUGCUCUUUCAUGGUUGAAUCUGCUCAACAAGUCUCUCCCUCAAUCCCAAUGUGUGAAAAAUUGUCAUCCUGGGUUUGUCAAGCAGAAGCGAGAAGGAGAACCUAUUUGCUGCUACGACUGUAUUCCUUGUCCUGAGGGGACCAUCUCCAUUCAUGAAGAUACAGAAAAAUGCAGCCAGUGUCCAGAUGAAAAAUAUCCAAAUGAGGACAGAAUCCAAUGUAUCCCCAAAGUUAUAUCCUUCCUUUCUUAUGAAGAAUAUCUGGGAGUCAUUCUGGUCUCUUUUGCUCUGUCCUUGUUCUUAGCCACAGGCCUUGUUCUAAUUAUAUUCAUUAGACAUCAGGAAACUCCCAUUGUGAAAGCCAACAACCGAGACCUCUCUUACAUCCUCCUGGUCUCCCUCCUGCUUUGCUUCUUGUCUCCUCUGAUCUUCAUUGGUCAACCAAGGAAAGCCACUUGUCUUCUCCGACAAACAGUUUUCAGCAUCAUCUUCUCAGUUGCCAUUUCUUCUCUCUUGGCCAAAACAAUCACAGUGGUGCUGGCUUUCCUGGCCACAAAACCAGGAAACCGAAUGAAGAGAUGGUUGGGGAAGAUCUUGGCUAACUCCAUUAUCCUUUCUUGUUCUAGUGUCCAAAUUAUGAUCUGUUCCGUCUGGUUGGGAAUUUCUCCCCCAUUCUGUGAGUUGGACUUUCACUCCCAGCCUGGAGAGAUCAUCCUGCAAUGCAAUGAAGGCUCUGUUUUCAUGUUCUACAUCACCCUCAGCUACAUGGGCUUCCUGGCUGCCAUCUGCUUCACAGUGGCUUUCCUGGCCAGGAAUCUCCCUGGAGCCUUCAAUGAAGCCAAGCUGAUCACCUUCAGCAUGCUGGUCUUCUGCAAUGUUUGGGUCUCCUUCCUGCCGACCUACCUGAGUACCAAGGGGAAAUACAUGCUGACCCUCUGCACAUGGAGUCUUAGAAGAACUUCAGGAUCCCCGGAGGAGAAGUUGUUCCUCACUGUAAUUAUUACCAUCCUGACCUUUGAGGCAUCUUCUGCUGUAGUGACUACCUUUGAUGUUGACAUCAGACCAAAGUAA